UUCAGGAUUUUGAUAUUUUAAAAAACUAAACAUAAUGACAUCUUCCAACGUCGCUCUAUUCGUGGUCGCCGUUCUCGUGUUCGGGACAGUCGUCAACUCUCAGUCAGUGUACCAGCAGACCUACGGACAGGGUGUCUACUCCCAAUACCCAAGGAGUCCCGUCUCUAUUUGGAUUAUACCAAUUGUCCUAAUCGUUCUGGUCGUGAUACUGAUUCCAUCAUUGGUCGGAAGUUCCUGGAUUAUGGUUGACAAAAUGAAAACACGUCCACCUACACCGAGCACCACGAUACCGACCACCUCGACUACGACUAUGACUACACCGACCACCUCGAUACCGACUACUUCGACCACAACUAUGACUACACCUACCACAACUGAAGGAAAAGGAGGAUAUGAUAUAAAGAAGAGUACCGAUGAAUAA